AUGAUAUUCUAUUCAUUUUUCAAAACGCUCGUUGGAAAGGACGUUGUUGUGGAGCUAAAAAAUGACUUAUGUAUUCACGGCACCCUCCACUCUGUUGACCAGUACCACAAUUUCCGACUUUCGGAUAUAACUGUUACAGACCCAGAGAAACAUCCAUACAUGUUAUCGGUUAGGAAUUGCUUCAUUAGAGGUUCGAUUGUUCGAUACGUGCAGCUACCUGCUGAUGAAUGUGACGUCUACGAGCUGCAGAACGCAUCCAGGAAAGAAGCCACUCUUGGGAAACAACAACAUUGA